AUGGCUAUAUAUGGUAUAGGGGUUGGGGGUUGGGGGGGGGGCGUAGGUAAAUCUACCCUAGCCAAGACUGCUUACAAUUUUAACUUCAACAAAUAUGACGGCAGCAGCUUUCUUGCUGAUGUGAAUAAAACUUCAGAAAGACAUGAUGGUCUGGUAUGUCUUCAAAGACAACUUCUUUCAAAUGUUCUAGGGAAGAAGGCUGAAAAUAUAUACAAUGUUGACAACGGAGUCAUCAAGAUUCAAGAGGCCAUCCAAUGCAGAAUAAUCCUUCUUGUUCUUGAUGAUGUGGAUGAUAGCGAUCAUUUAAAUGCUGUUCUUGGGAUGCGAGAAGGUUUUAUCCAGAUGCAGAACUUUGACUUGUGCGCCCACGAACGUUGCUGUGUUGGGAGUUACCAAGAAGCUGAUGCAGAAUGCACAAAGUCGUCUGCAAUACGACAAUUGUGGUUAGGAGACAUUGUCUUAUUUUGUAACAGGGAGAGAAUGAAGAUCGGUGAUCAUGAAGAUCUGUUUGAUGUAUUUCUUAACAACCGUGUUGAUGUUUUUGCUAGUUUCUUGUCUCCGAAUAAUGGGUAG